CUCAGACUCACUCACCUCACCUGCUUGACUUGACUCACAGACGCCUCUCCGAGCCGCCGCGAUGCCGCAGUACGCUCGCGACUACCACCGCGUCGACUGGCUGCACAACAUCGACCCCAUCAAGGACCGCUACAGCGGCGGGCGCGGCUUCAAGGACUCGACGGGCACCAUCUUCACGCUGCGCGGCCUGAUGAACAUCGGCAGCCUCGUGCUGCUGGCCGCCGCGCUGCUCAUGCUCUUCGCCGGCUACCCGAUCCUCACCUACUUCUUCAAGGAGGCCGAGUCGAACAAGGGCGGCUUCAACCUCGGCGGCACCAACGGCACUGGCCAGCUCUUCACGGGCGUGCGCGGCCUCGUCGAUCCCGACACGCCCGCCGAGGCGCUCACGCGCAUGUCGCUCGACGGCCAGCGCCGCAUGCAGCUCGUCUUCAGCGACGAGUUCGAGGAGGACGGCCGUAGCUUCUACCCCGGCGACGACCCGUUCUGGACCGCCGUUGACCUGCACUACUGGGGCACAGGGGACUACGAAUGGUACGAGCCCGCCGGCGUGACCACGGCCAACGGCCGCAUGGUCUUCACUCUCAUCGAGCAGCCGACGCACAACCUCAACUUCCGCAGCGGCAUGGUGCAGAGCUGGAACCAGUUCUGCUUCACGGGCGGCUUCAUCGAGGUCAGCCUGCGUCUGCCCGGCUCGCACGACAUCGCCGGUCUCUGGCCCGCUGCGUGGACCAUGGGCAACCUGGGCCGCGCCGGGCACGGUGCGACCACCGACGGCCUGUGGCCCUACACCUAUGACGCCUGCGACGUCGGCACUCUGCCCAACCAGACCUACCCUGCCAGCCGGGGCGGCGGUCCGGUCGCUGCCGAGACGAGCGGCGCAUUCCCGGACCAGUACGGCCCCAGCCUCAGCUACCUGCCAGGUCAGCGCCUCAGCCGCUGCACCUGCCCGGGCGAGGACCACCCGGGCCCGUUCCACUCGGACGGCAGCUACGUCGGACGCGCAGCACCGGAGAUCGACAUCAUCGAGGCGUCGGCCGGAGUGCGGCCCGGCUCUGCGGGCCACGUGUCCAUGAGCUGCCAGCUGGCGCCGUUCAACAACGCGCUCAACCUCACGACGGGGCGCGACGCCGUCGUCUUCUACGGCUCGAACCGCACGGAGAACGAGCUGAACGCCUACCAGGGCGCCGUGUACCAGCAGACGGCCUCCGUGCUCGUCACGACGGACAACGACGUGUACGAGGACACGGGCGGCCGCUUCGAGCGCUACGGCUUCGAGUACAAGCCCGGCUAUGACGCUGACUCGCACAUCACCUGGACCGUCGGCGACGACAUGCAGUGGCGCCUCGGCUCGCAGGCGCUCGCCGCCGACCCGGCCGUCGAGAUCUCGGCGCGCCCGAUCCCGCUGGAGCCGAUGUACAUCAUCAUGAACCUCGGCCUCAGCUCGGCGUUCUCGUACGUCGACUUUGACCGGCUGCACUUCCCGGCGCGCAUGGAGGUGGACUGGGUGCGCGUCUACCAGGACGAGGACAAGAUCAACGUCGGCUGCGACCCGCCGGACUUCCCGACGAAGGAGUACAUCGAGCGCCACUAUGAGGCGUACCACAACCCAAACCUCACGACGUGGACGGAGCCGCGGGCGCGCGGCGGCAUGAACAUGCAGUUCCCCGGCAACCGCCUGGCUGGCGACUGCUAGCCGCCUGCGCUGGCCAGCGUCUUGCCUCUUCGUUCCCAGACCCUCAGCAUCUCUCAUCAUCACGUUUCUUUCUCUCAGCAUCUCAUACACUGUCCCGCUCCUCCGCGCUGCGCCGCCUCUUGAGCCGCGCAUGCUGCUGCACACACCUCGUCCUCGCUCUGGGAGCUGUAGCCGAUGUUUGCAACGUCACGCGGCAUGUCUAUGCGUCUAUGUAGUCUCCUGCGUUGGUCAUGGCACCGUGCCUGGGCAGACCUUGCCUUGGAGCAGCAGCGCCAGGUUCUCGGCGACGGCAAUGGCGCUGAUGCGCUGGC